GAAUCAUGGCAGAAUCGAUGGAGAACGGAACGUCGCUAGCAUGGCGGUUGCUCGCUACGCUGGAAGGUGGCUCGCUAGUGCUAGUCGCGUCAGCACUGCUAGCGUAUAGCGCCCGGCAGAGGGCGCGAGAGCGGCGCCCGGUUCACACAGUUCUAGUAUCAAACACAACAAGCGCGUUAGGAAAAGAAAUAAAAACGCGGCUAGAAUCGCGUGGAUGCGUCGUGAGCGUGCCAAGUGACACGAGCGGAGCGGAAGCGGAGGCGGAGGCGGGAAAAGUCGACGCACUAGUGGUGGUUGGGCAAGAUGCCAAUGUUGACAGUUUGGACGGCCUGGCGGAUCUCGUGUCGAGAGAUGUUUAUGAUAAUUUAAAGGUAUUAGAAUCGUUAUCACGGCGUGUGCACCGCGGCGGCUGCGUGGCUUGGGCGUGCGCAGGAGCUAGUGAUAUGAGCGGCGCCGGCGAUGCCUUCGACACCGUACUGCGAGCCAGCCUGCAACAUGUCGCUGAUAGGCACAACUGCUGUCCGGUGUGGGUUGGGCGCCACCCAACAUCAUUGGCAGCGGAGCGCGUGGUCGCUGCGCUCGUCCCAUGUACCACACACUCAUCCGCUUUCUCCGUGAGAAAUGCAGCUCUCAAAAUCGGCGAGUACCUUGGCAGAUGGCUCAAAAACUUGGCUUAAAUUAGCAUUUAUCUUAAUCGGCUCAAUCAAAUUCAAGAUAGUAGCUUAUAUUUUAGGGU